CAAAAAAUACUUGACCGGCAUUCCAACUCGAAAUAAUAUAGUUGCAGAAAAUAAUGAGGGAUUAACCGCAAUUCUUGAUAAUGCUCUAUCCAGUCAUCAAGAAAUUCCAUUUAUAGUCAUUGAUAAUGAAGGGUCAUCAGAAAAAAUAAAUGGAAAGUACCGCUAUGUAUUACGUCUCUAUGGCUCUCUUAUUAAUAACCAAAAAGUGAUGGUAACACUUUCUGGUAUUCCUAUAUUCUUUGAUAUUCUUGUACCAGACGGGAAGUGUCUGGAUGAAUGUGAAACAAAAGUAAGAGAUAUUCUCUUCAGUGAGGUGGAGACUUUAAAAAUAGAGCAUAUUAAAGCUUUUCCUUUUCAAGAAAAUAACUUCAAAACUGCAUCUAAUGAUUUAUACUCAUUUCAUCAAAAGGUGGCUCAAGAAAAUGGAAUCCAACUCUCUGGAUUGUCUAUGUUAAUGGAAGAUUUUACAACAAUAAAGUUAGGUGAAUUUGCUGAAGUUCUCGAUCUGAAUCAAAAUGUUUUUAUGAUUUGUAUGACUUUAUACUGGAAGGAUGAUCUGAAGCCAUUAAAAUUGAUUUGCCUUGUAAACGUUGAGAUAGAACCAAAUUCGCGAUGGAUUAUAAUCAUUUGCGGAAAUCAACAAAUGACAGGAAAGUUUGAAAUAAAGGAAGAAAUUAUAAAGUGGAAAUAUCAUGAAAAGAUAGAAGCGAAAUCUGAGAAUGCUUUAAGGCAAAGUUUGCUGUCAAGCCUUCUGAGAAAGUUGCAUACUGAUGAUAUCUGGGUAUGUCUCAAAAAAUGUUUCCCUCAUUCUGAAGUCGAAAAGGAAGGCUCACUUAAAUACUUCUUACAAAAGUGUAAUCUUGACAGUAAGGCUGACAUGCCAUAUGAUAAAAUGUGGAAAAUCUAUUUAGAGGCGAAAAAAAGCUCCUUCUCAUCAACUGCAAGAAAAAUGUGUGAAAUAGCUAACUAUUGCAUUAUAAAUGCAUUGCGUUGUCAGGAGCUAUUAAUAAAACUAAGUGUAAUUAAUGAUUAUAGAGAAGUUGCUUCUAUAGCUUAUGUAUCCCUUUCCAACACACACUAUUACGUAAAUAGAAUGAAGGUACGAAACCUUCUGGGUGCUUAUGCUAUUAAACGAAAUAUAGUUUUUAGCACAAGGGUAUGUGAAAAUAUAGAAAAAGGAAAAUAUCCUGAUGCAUACGUUUUUUUCGCCUGA